CAGCCAUCCAAUGAUUUGUCCGGAUUUCCAACCCCUACAACCCUGCCACGCCGCUCCGGCCAAGGGUGCGCCUGGUUGCGAGUGCUGACCGACCGUUUCCAUUUUUUCUCCGCAGAUUCAAUCGCAUUUGGACUGGGCCAAGGUCGACCAGAGCCAGAGAGACCAGACUCCGCGUGGGCCGAAGUCCCCAACGUGCCAGCGGACGAGGGCCUGCAGCUUGGCUGCCCACGGCGCCUUUCCCUUUUUUCCCUCACCUCCCGGGCACACACACUCGUCCUGGCUUAUCAUCCCCCGUUCCGACUCUGGGCAGGGCAUGUUGUCAUUCAUAUUAAACCCACCCGCCCCGCCUGUCACGUCUCCCAAUUCCCCCCUCUCGAAUAUAGAUUUGCCUCUUUUUACUCUAGAAUUCAAAAUCUUUUGUCUGGUCCAUUCAUCAGUCAGUCCAUGGUAAACGCGACACCUGCACUACGACGACAAAGCCACGGGGUCCGAGACAGCUGGUGAGGUCUACCCUGCUACUGAUCGCAUCGCCCGCACCUCCCGUUCAGCCAUUCCGCGCCGCCCGCAGCCCGAUACCACCGCCACCACCACUUCUACUCUCAGCAAAAAAAAAAAAAAUUAUACCGCGACGUUUUUUUUUUGUUGUGUAACGGUAUCACUGUGCGAAUGAGAGGAUAUCGAUAGGCUAUUUAUUUUGGUUGUUGAAGGAAGAAAGAACGAAAAGAAGAAGCAAACGAAUUCAGGGGUUAUUUUUUUGUCGACCAAAACACAGACAGCAAGCAAUCAACAAGACCGCGAAAAUGCCAGGAAUUCUGCCUAUGAAGGUCAUCAAGGUGGGCACCAGCUCCCAAAGCCGUAUCGCCCAGGCCUGCGACAGAUGCCGCAGCAAGAAGAUUCGCUGCGAUGGCAUUCGCCCUUGCUGCUCGCAGUGCGCCAAUGUUGGCUUUGAAUGCCGCACCAGCGACAAGCUCAGCCGUCGUGCCUUUCCAAGAGGCUACACCGAGUCGCUCGAGGAGCGCGUCCGCGCCUUGGAGUCGGAGGUUAGGGAGUUGAAGGAUCUGUUGGACGAGAAGGAUGAGAAGAUCGACAUAUUGUCCAAGAUGCACAGCAACCGACGGUCACCGGCGGAAUCACCACAUAGAUCACCACCGCCAACCAGUGUGAGACUGGAGUCUAGCCCACCACCAAGGGAAGAUACCUUCCGUGUUCAGGCCUCGCCGUUGCUGCUCGGUGUUGAGAAUUCGGAUUCGUAUUUCAUGGGCGCGUCGAGCGGGCGGAGCUUCAUUGAAUCAUGCAAGAGGAAGAUGCAGGAGAAUGGCAAGUCGUGUGCCGAUUUCAAUCCAGAAGCGUUUUUGCACAUCCAGGGGUGCUAUCCUCUCGCACAAAAACAACCAUCGCCGCAGAUGAGGGUUCCCCCACGGUUGUUCACCGACCGCUGCGUCAAUGUUUACUUCCAGGAGUGGUCGCCCCUUUUCCCGGUCCUCCACAAGCCGACUUUUCUUCGCGUCUACGAGGAGUUCGUGGCGGACCCGGAUAAGAUCAAGAACAACCACAAGCUUGCGCAGCUGUACUUGGUCUUUGCGAUCGCCGCGCUGUCGAGUGAACAACCAGAUCUCGAGCAGAUCGCGGCGUGUGAGCAGCAGUGGCAGCGGGCCCUCGAGGCGAUUCUCAUGGAUAAUACCAUGGUGACGCUUCAAUGCCUGUUGCUUGCUCUCAUGUACUGCACCAUUCGGGCGGACUACAAGAGGCUCCAGCACUACAAGGGCAUUGCUGUUGGUUUGUCGCACCGGUUGGGACUCCACCAGAGCCAGAAACGGUUCUCGUUUGGUGUCUUGACAAUCGAGACCCGUAAGAAGGUCUUUUGGUCGCUUUAUAUGCUUGAUUGGUAUGCUCAUCUGUCUUUCAAUUCCCUCACAAGCACGUCACUGACCGGUCAUAGCUUCUCUGCUGCCCUGCUCGGCCUCCCCAAGCUCCUCAAGGAAGAGGACAUCCACUGCGAGUUCCCAUCCGACACAGACGACGAAUACGUCACGGAGAAGGGGUUCCAGCCGAGCCUUCCUGGCGAGGCGACCCGUUUGUCCAACGCGCUCGCCCUCUUCCGGGGAUCCCGAGUGCUCGCAAAGGUGCUCGAGAAGAUUUACCCUUCGGCCACGUCGCACGACCUGUCUCUCCAGCAAAUGUCCGCUCUCGAGGCCGAGCUGGACGAGUGGUACAACAACCUGCCCCAGCACCUCAAACUCACCUUCAAGCAGGACAAGCCCUCGACCGACGUGACAGGCAGCCGGUCCCCUAUCCUUGCCCUUGCAUACUAUUACAUCCGAACCCUGAUUUACCGCCCCGCAGUGACGUCUAGCCUGGGGCCCAAGGCGGCUCCGGCGCUGCUGUCGGUCGGCGAGUCGAGCAAGUGCAUUAUUCAGAUUAUUCAGCUGCUCGAGGAGCGGAGCCUGAGCUUUUCGUUUUGCCUGAACAAGUACGACACGCUUAUUCUCUGUGGCAUGGUUUUGCUUUUUCAGACGUUGGACCUCAAGCCGGACAGCAAGGUGUUGAAGGACCACGAGAAGCUGGUCAACGCGGUGAUCAAGGUGGUGGAUAGGGCAAAAGCCCCGGGGUGCUAUGACUUCAAGAGGGUGGCAGGGAUGUUGAUCGCGGUGGAGGAGCCGCCGGCGGUGGUGGUGCCAGCAGCAGCAACGUCGCCCCCGCAGAGUUUGCCGACCCCGCCGAGGCAAAGCCCGGAUUGUGCUGCUGCUCCGCAUCAGUUGGGUCAGCAGCAACACCGAGCUUCACCCGGGGCUGCUCCAUCGCCGACGACGACCACGACGAUCCACAAGACCAUCAACAACAACAGUCAGCGGCACAGCAUGAGCGAGACGGACCUGAGGAUGCAGCAGGAGAAGUUGAGAAGAAUCUCCAUGCCGCAACCGCAACUGCAACAACACAUCCAGCAAGCUCGGGAUUUUUCCUCACGGACCCAAAGGGCGUCGUUUGACGGAGCAAGACCGCCGAAUGUGCCUCUUCUUCAGAGAGAUCAAAGGCUUAGCAUGAGCAGCAGCCAUGCGCACCACCCUCACAACAUGAUGGCACGGAUCUCGACGCCGUCGUCGCCCGUGCAGGCCCGUCCUCCGCCGCAGAGCCUGAUAAGCCAGGCGCAGAUCUUUGCGCAGAUGCAGAAGCACUCUGGGGCCAGCACGUCGGAGUGGCAGGCGCUGCUGACGAGCAUCGAGGGGGAUCAUCUGAAUGUGUAUGAUGCUAUUUAUGGGGGGCCGGGGUUGAGCAUGGCUACUGCUGGAGACGCGAGUCCUGUGAGUGUGAGUGCUACUUCCGUGCCAACCACGGGGGGGUGGUCGCCUGAGAGUUGGGAUGUGACGGGGUUUAAUUUGGGGGAUUUCGGUGGGGGACAAAACGGUGGUGGGCAUGGGACGGCGCAGAGUGUAUUGAGUUUGCCGAGCGAGGAUAGUUUGAGUUGUAGUGAGGCUGAGAUGGGCGGGCCGCCGGGGGGGGGGAUGAGGUUGGAUGGGUUGGGGGAUUUUGGGAGGGGGGGUUUGAUGGGAGGGGGGGGUUGUUCGGUUGCUGGGGAGGGGUAUUUGGUUGAUGGGUUGGAGUUUGGAAUCUGAUAUAUAGGUAUCUUGACUUUUUGACGAGUUUCAAGGGCGUGGAGUAUUGGAGUUGGGUUUGGUAUUUAUUCUCGGUUGGCGGGCGAGGGACCUGGAAUUGGGCUUGGAUACCGACGGUACCGGCUGGAGUUUUCGAUUGUCAUUCAUCAUCGGGUGGUAUUUGGUUCUAUGAUGACAGGUUGCAAAGCUUGCAUUUGUUGGAUCUUUUUCGGUGGGGGGGUGGGGAGAUGGUGGUGUUUAUAUUAACGCUCGCUUUGGUUUUUUUUUUUUUUUUUUUUUUGGAGCGGAUGGAUAUUAUUGUCUUUUUUGAGGAUUCUUGGGGUUUAUAUGGUUCAACAUAUGGUUAUUUUAGUUACAGACGGAUUUCUGGACAGUUGGUAUAGCGGGAUUUUAGCUAUCAAUGAAUGGAGUCAAAAGUAUUCAUACAUAUCCA